AUGACCGAUCUUCAGUUUUCAGUCGAACGCCCAAUCUUCCUGUUUUUGCUGGCGUUGAUUCCGGCUUUAUGGUGGGUUUCAUGGAACGGGCUCGCAAUCGGUAAUCGCUGGCGUUGGUUUCUUUCCAACGGAUUGCGAAGCGUUCUCGUCUUGUUGGUGGUGCUCGCCCUGUCCGAGGUAGAACUAGUUCGGACGAACGAUCGUUUAACGGUGAUCUAUCUGGUCGAUCGCUCCUUGAGUAUUCCCGCGGACCGUCUCGAGAAUGUGAUUGACUACGUGCGAACGACCGCGAACACCUAUCGCGAUUCGGUUCCAGACGAUCGCGUAGGGGUGAUCAGUUUUGGAGGCGACGCCGCGAUCGAAAUCCCCCCUUGGUCAGGCGACUUGUUCCUGCGGUCGCAAUUGGAAGCGACCAUUGAUCCGCAGCAAACCAAUCUAGAAGCCGCAUUGAAACUGGCCCAAGCUGCAUUUCCCAUCGAUGCGGCCAAACGUGUUGUGAUUGUCACCGAUGGCAAACAGACGUUAGGGGAUGCGUUGCCAAUUGCUCGAUCGCUAAGCCAGGCAGGUAUCGGCAUUGACGUUGUUCCGAUUACCGAUGUCGCUCGCACGGAGAUCACCGUCGAAAAGAUUACCUCGCCGGCGACGAUGCGCGAGAAGGCUCCGUUUCAAGUACAAGUGGUGCUGAACAAUCGACCUGGGGCCCAUUGGGAUCAAAACGCGGCUCAGGAACCAGUGCCGGGGCGAAUUCGAGUGCUUCGCAAAGGAGCCGGACGCGAUCAAGUUGUUGUCGAGCAAUCGAUUGAACUGGAGCCAGGGACGCUCGUGUGCAGCUUUCAAGAUGAGCUGCCGGACGGAG